UGUAGCUGCUGCUGGCUGCUGCAGGCGUGCUAUUUGCGGCAGCGGAGAGAGACCUCUGCGAAAUGCCUUUUGUAUUCCCGGGUGCUUUUUUUGGUUUUAAUUUUGUGUUUCUUGAGGGCGAGAUCCCAGUCUUUGUAGCCAUGCUGUGCGGUGGAUUCAGCGGGCUGUCCUAGCUGCCUGAGCCGCUCCAGCAGCGGUGGGUCCGGUGCAGCACAGCCGGGGAUGAGGCCUACUUGUUAAAGCUCCCGCACCAACCCCUCCGUCGCGAUGGCUGAUGAUCAACAACAACCUGGUCUGAAGCCUGCCUCGGGAUUAGGCUCUCUUCCAGCGCUGGUGCCAGGACUCCAGGGGUCCGAGGCUAACGCGUUACAGUUCAAAAUAAAGAAUUCAAUUUGCAAAUCUGUACAAUCAAAAGUGGACGGCAUAUUGCAAGAUGUUGAGAAGUUUACAGACAUCGAAAAACUCUACCUCUACCUGAAGUUGCCUUCUGGUCCCAGCAGUGGCAAUGAUAAAAGGACUGAGAAUGAGAGGGGGUCCUCCACUCCUGGAUUAUGUGAUCAGAGUUCCAUGUCGUCAAGCCGUACUCAACAGAUGUAUGCGUUCAACUGGAUUCGGAAUCACCUAGAAGAGCACCCGGAGACUUCCCUCCCAAAGCAAGAGGUGUAUGAUGAAUACAAGAGCUAUUGUGACAAUCUCGGCUACAAUCCACUGAGUGCAGCAGACUUUGGAAAGAUCAUGAAGAAUGUCUUUCCUAACAUGAAGGCACGCCGACUGGGCAUGAGGGGCAAAUCCAAAUACUGUUAUAGCGGGUUAAGGAAGAAAGCUUUUGUUCACAUGCCCUCCUUACCCAACCUGGAUCUCCAGAAAUCUGGUGAUGGGUGUGAGCUUAUGGAGCCGUCGGGACAGUCCCCAAGCGCUGAGGAUGAAAUGAGGUCUGCAGCCUGCGGACUGGUGUGUGAGUGGGCCCAAAAGGUCCUGAGUCGUCAGUUUGACCACGUGGAGGACCUGGCCCGCUUCCUGCUCAAUAGCCACUACAUUGGUACUAAGUCCAUGGCUGCACUCACUGUUAUGACUGGAACUCCCACAGGAAUGAAGACGCCAACUCCAUCCUCUGCGUUUGUGCCAACAGCUGAGACAAACUCUUUCCAGCCCCAGGUGAAGACCCUGCCCUCUCCCUCUGUUGAUGCAAAGCAGCAACUGCAGCGCAAGAUCCAGAAGAAGCAGCAGGAGCAGAAGCUCCACUCACCUCUGCCUAGCGAGGCCCAGAUGAAGAGGACGGAAGCCAGCACCCCAGGCCCCACAAUCCCCUGUGGCAGCCCCGCACUGCUGUCCCCUCAGCCCACCAUCGGCAUCGUGGUAGCAGCUGUCCCCAGCCCAGUCACGGUACAGAGGGGCAGGCAGUUGAUGACCUCCCCCAGCCCUGUCGGGACAGCAGAGGGGAAAGUGUUGCCUGUGAACUUCCAAGUUGUCACUCAGUCUCUUAAACAGUCCCCAAAACAUCCCCAGAACAUCUCCGCCAGUCCUGUGGGAGACCGGCUGGCACGACACGGCACACGGUACGCACAAAUCCUGCCCAAGCCCUCUGCCACCAGUGCCAUCACCCUGCGCUCACCCCCCACCCUGCUAAUCACCAACAGCCCCAUAAAAACUGUGAUGCCAACACCUCACGUCAGCUCCGUGAACGUGGUUAAGAUGACGGCCAUCGCUCUGGCUCCCAGCAGCAGCAGCAGCACAACAGUGCGUCCUGCCUCGGCGGGUGUGAAUACAAUCGCUGCUUUGGACGACUCCCAGCAUUUCCACGCAAUCUCAACUGCCUCUCAGUCUCCUGCAUUCAGACCCAAUGCCGUAGUCGCCACCGCAAUCCUCUCCACUGACACCAAAGUGACGUCUGAAGCUGGAAAUGACAAUAACCCCGCACAUGGCACAGAGAAAACCGCUUCUGGGGCCAAAGAGGAGAGAAUGGCUAAGUUCAGGGCUGCCAGUGAGCCGAGCUUCCUGAUAAAGUGUUCUCCAGGACCAGACAAAGGGGUAAGGGUAAAAAGUGACCACACAUCCACUUUCAUCUCGGUAGCUGCAGCUGGGACUCAGGACAGCAAUAACAGUAACUGCCAUGACAGUACUUUGUACCUGACUGUUGAUAAUCACAACUCCAUUGGCUCUUCCGCUGUUACCCCCACGACAAAGGACCCCUGCCUAGAUGCUAAGAGCCCCAGGAAGCGCACAGGCCCGGGCGGGGAGUCCCAUGUGAUUCCUGUUAAGAGGGUGUUUAUCUCCCAGCAGCCACUCAGUAUAAUUGACAAUCCCAGACAUGGAGUCUGUGCUUCAUUGAAGAGGAUCCCCAGACCAGGAACUCCUGCCAGACCAGAGAGUGCCCCCUGCAAAGUGACUGUGAAACACACCUCUAUCGGGCCCACACAGAUCCUCGCACUCUCCGACUCGCCCAUCACACGCACGGAGGGCUCCCAGACUGUUGUCAAACCCCAGGCCUUGGUGUUCAAACGCGAAGAGCAUUCUCUCAGCGCCAACCCCAGCACGUCAGAUCAGGCUUUGCUACGGCAGAUCACUGGGGACCCUCACGCCAUAGCAGCCAACUCAGGAGCACACGAAGCCUCUGUGAUGAGCGACCUAAAGAGCACAAUAUGGGAGGAGGGACAGCUUGACGAGCUCCGGAAGCAGGCGUUUGCGCCGCAGAUGCCAGCUGAACACAAACAAGCCCCCACUGACCAACUUUCCCUUAUAGCUCAGCCCUCCGAGGCCUCGAGUCAGCUCUCACUGACGCAGGAGAUGGUCGACUUUGCAGGUUCUCAGCCCAACAUGGACUACUUCCCGUUCAAUGAUGAUGACAUGACCCAGGACAGCAUCGUGGAGGAACUGGUCCAAAUGGAGGAGCAGAUGAAGCUGAAGGGUCUGUUUAGCAGCUGCGUUGACGUGUCUUUACAAAGCCAGUCGGCCAGCAGUCAAGGCUCCAUGCUAAAUGCUAACCAGGCCGGCUCUACUUUCUUCCACUCGGUUCACAGCAGCACCACCCCUGUCCAAACUCCCACUCCAACACCGACUCCAACUCCCACACCCACCCCCACCUCAGAAAUGACGCUUGGGCACAGUAUGACGCGAGAGAGCCCCUGCUCCCGCAUGGCUCCCAUCACCCCGGUGGAUGGAGCCAUGGGUCGCCACACCCCCAUCAGCACACCGCUGUCUAACUGCAGCAGCAGCGUCCCACCGAGCCCCGUGGAGUGCAGGAACCCUUUUGCAUUCACUCCUAUUAACUCAAGCAUCACAGGUUACCACGACGCCAGUAUUGUCUCCAGCAGCCCUGUAAAGCCCAUGCAGAGACCGAUGGCUACCCACCCUGACAAAGCCAAACUGGAGUGGAUCAACAACCGCUACAACAGCAACUCCACAGGUCCUUUGCCCAACCAUAGCAUUGGCAUUCUGCCCAGCUACCAAGACCUCGUAGAUGACCAGUUUCGUAAGCCGCAUGCCUUUGCAAUUCCCGGUCAGUCAUUUCAGGCUCAGACGAGACAGGAUGCUUCUCACUUUGGCCGUUUGACUCCUAUUUCCCCGGUACAGCAGCAGCAGCAGCAGCAGCAGCUAACAGGUGUCACUACUCCCACCAAACAGGAGAGUUUUGCUGUGCCUGCACCGUUAGACAACAAAGCAUCAACCUCAUCCGCAUCCAGUACUUUCCGUUGCCGCAGUGUCAGUCCUGCAGUGCGCCAGAGAAACUCUAGUGGCAACACGGGGCCUCAGACCUGCACCACAAAUACAACCACCACCACCCAAACUGUGGUGUCACCCUUUAACUCCCCCAUCACCUCCGAGGUGCUCAACAUACUGUCCAACAGCCAGACGGUCGGCUCUGUUCACAGCAUGGUCCAGCGUAGCCGAUCUGUGCCCCUGAACAUCAUGAUGCAGAGUGAGAUGAUGCCUGUUCAGGGGCAGAGUAACACCGCCAAAAUCACCAAUGUUCUCCUCAGCAAGAUGGAAGCUGAUGGGGAUGAUUCGGUCCGCGGCCUGGGUAUAAACAACCUCCCCUCUAACUACACGGCCCGUAUGAACCUCACACAGAUCCUGGAGACCACUCCUGGCUUCUCUGGAGGGACGUCACACCAGACUCAGCUGCCUGUUAGCUCCAGCCCUGCUGCCUUUGAGAUGCAGCAGCAUGGCUACCUCAACACCGGCAGUGGAGAACAGGUGAGUUUCUCCAGUGGGGACAGCCAAGCACAAGCGGGUCCUGGUGAGCAAGACCAGCAGCAGCAGCAGCAACUCCAGGAGAAUCCCGUGCAGACACAAUCACAGCUCCUCCUCCAGAGCACACAGCAGCAGGAGGCGGAAGACGAGCAACAACAGCUGGAUUUCAACAACACUGUCAAGGAUUUGUUGGGGGACGAUGGCCUCAACCCCAGUUCCCAGUUGGUGGGUCAGGUAGCUUCCGAGCUCAACGCUGUGGCGUCUGACUUCUCAAGCGACAUGAGACUGACCUCAGAUCUGUCCAGUAGCAUCACUGACCUUAACACGUUGGACACCAACCUGCUGUUUGAUCCCAAUCAACAGCAGGAACAAUAUGAAGACUCAACACUGGAAGAACUGAAAAACGACCCGCUUUUUCAGCAGAUAUGCAGUGAUACUGUGAACUCUGGUUUUGACUGGCUAGAAAGCAAAGACCAGCCAACUACAGUAGAGAUGCUGGGCUAAUGUUAUCUUUUAAUCUGUAUUAUUUCUGUUUUCUGUUGUCUGUUUGGUGCGUGUGUAUUUUAUCUGUUCAAAUUAUAGUUUGAUGGGAUUUGUCUGGACUUUGCCAUCCGUUCUGUUCAAAGUGCCAGGCUUACCAGAAAAUCUCUCCUACUGACCUUUGGUUACUUCUCUCCUUUUUCAUUUGUCAUCCAGAGUUUCAGUACUUUUCUCUCUCUCAUCUGAAAUUAGAAAUCUAAGCAUUUCAAGUAAGAAGUGCGAGUAAUUGGUGGCAGCGUGCACUUACAAAGAGCAGGUUUGUAUGGUAUGGAUAUUAAGAGAAGCAUAAUCUUCCAUGUUACAACCAAUCAAUAAUGCAAUAUUUGUAUUUAACGGACACGUAAUGAAAGAAAAAGAUGGGUAUGGAAUUUGGCACAAAAGACCAAAAAAACCUAUGCUGUUUAUAUUAUUUUCAGUGUGUGCAGUUUAAGUUCAACCAAAUGGAAACAAUAUUGGGAUUGAAGUAUAUGCACAUAAUAGUUGUAGUACAUUUGCCUGCCAUAUCGGAAUUAAAAAAGGGUAGCGUCUCAUGCUGCCAGGUGCUGAAUUUAUGACAUAAUCUUUAUACUUUAUCAUCUACCAAAUCAGUGGAAAGCUGAUUCACAUCUGAGCAUUGUCCGUGCGUGAAAUUUUCUUAAAGCCUAUACUUCUUGUACUGUUUAAUGUCUUAUAAAGGGAGUAGAUGAAUCAUUAGGGAGAAGAUGGGAAUUCAGGCCACUUUGUGGACGAUACAUCUAAAGGACUCAACAACAGGCUGCCUUAUUCCCAAAGUCCAAGGCCUUAUGCCAUCUGUAGAGAGACUGUAAAUAUUAUAAUGUUAAGAAUAUUCUGAACCAUCCAGAGCUUCAUCAUAUCAAGGCAGCUGUACUAUUUCUUAUUGUUUUUUUGUUUUGCAGUGUUACAAUAUAGAUGCGUAUUGUAUAGGCUAACGACUACACUGUGUGUGCCCUUAUUAUUAAUGGAUUUAGAGGAAUUUUAUAUGCUGUCCAUCAAUCAUGGCAGGCACACUUUCAGUCAUGAGACUUUUUUUGGCAUGCUAUACUCCCAGCUUGGAUACGAAUAUCAAUGGUAUGGAGAAGGCUUAGUUACGUAGAAAGCUAGAGGCUGACAUUUAUGUUUUGAUGUCAUCUUGGGAUCAAGAGGAAAUGAAAUUAUGUUUUGUGGAGAAUCCAGCCUUAUUUCCAUACCAAAGAUGAUCCAUUUGAAUAACAUAUGAGAUUAUGACACAUAGCGACACUCCUAGGAAACAUCACCAACAGUGAGAAACGGGGCGCCUCGGAGAUAUAAGAGUUUUAUUGCAUUUGAGGGAAAGGGUUAAGUUGCGUAAAUCUUAUGUACAGUAUGUAAAUUUGUGAAAUGGUCAUUGUCCUAUGUUUUAUAGGUAACCAUGGACCUGAAAGCAUGUUGAAACCAUCACUGCUAGCCAGGUAGGCUCUGUGAUACAGUAGGAUGCUUGCUUGAGUUUUUGGCUAUUGUCAAUGUUGUAUAAGUCAUGUUUAAGCUCCAUCUGUAAAUAAAAUAGAUACAUAGAGAUUUGAUGUAUCAAGACACUAUAUUAUGGCCAUUAUUCAAGCCAAGUAUGUGCCAUUCAAAAGAAAAAAAAGCUUAACAGAUCUAUAGUCGGCAAGAUACUGUAUGUUGUGUGUUACAUUUCUGGCUCAAUGUGUCGUAAAGUAAUGCUGUCUGGUCUCGCUUGCUGAUUUUCUUUUACUUUACUUUCUAUUCAAAGAUAAUAGGUCUCUGCAAUUGCAGAAGUGAUGUGUGCUUUGAGCAGGAUUAAUAGCAUGGUAUAUUGAGAAAUAAAGUUGUGAUACUGUUAGCUGGUUGCAAACAUCUCUGUGACAGACAUUGUGCUCAAAGCCUUUCAGCAGACACUGGAAAAAAAAUUGAUAACUCAUGUUUCAACAAACUUUGGAGGUUCACAUUAUUGCACUAAAUUUGUAUGACACACGGCUUUGCCACAUCUUUAUGGACAAAUGUAAUGAUGGGUGCCCACAAAAAAGAAACAAAUAUUUUUUAUGACGAUGAGUAGGGAAAUUAACUGUCGGAAAAUGACUAAUUGUCUUGUAGCAAAAUGUGCAUUAAUCUCAGUGAGAUACACAUUUCUUACUCAUUCUCAUACAUGAGAAUAAAAAGCAUUGAGGGAAAAAAAAUGUUAAAAACCUUUUAAAACCUACAUGCUCAUUAUGUUGAUAAAUGAUUGUACGCACGCAUGUGUGAUGACUUCUGUUGUACUUUGUAUUCUUGGUAACCACUGUCUUCUGUGAUUUGGGCAGGUUCUGUUAACCAGACUGGCAGUGCUAGUUUCAUGAGUUACAUUACUUUUGUUGUGUGCUGUUUACUAAGUUAAUGUUGUUCUACAUGUUAUGUUGAUGACUGUUUUCUGUUGAUUUUACAUAUUCCUAUUUUGCUAAAUGCAUUUGUGAAGAAACUUUUAAUUCUUUCUUUAAGAAUAAGGCACUGAUAAUUGAAUUUGAAUGAAGGAAAUGCACCUCUUUAUGAGUACAGGAUCUCCAUCAAGCAGUGACUGAUUCUUUACCUUUGACUGACCCAGAACCAACUCUGUUUGACUAUCUUGUCCAUUUCUACCGGUAGUAAAAAAAAAAACCCUCCUCUGUGGUGUUGUCUGGUGUACUGCUUAAUGUACAGUAGCUUGUUAAUAUUGCAAACGCGUUGUUUCUUUUUUCAAUGGAAAGUACUCACUGGUGAGAUUUUUAAAGUGGUUUUAAAAGCCAAUAAACUUUUUUAAAGAA